GGCGAGGCUCGGGAGGAAGGUAAUAUGAGGACAGGCGUAUACCUGGAUCCUGUCGGAAACGGGCCGCUUCCCGAGCUCCCGCAGGAGGAACUCGGUCAUGAGCCGGUGGCCGGUGCCCUGGUAGAGGAGGCCCACGCCCACCACGGCGGCGGUCUGGGCGGCCGGCGAGACCUCCACCUCGGCCAGGGACAGGAGGGAGGGGAUGUGGAGGCAGAGCAUCUUGGAGACCUG